UUCCUCCUGAGUGGAGGCUAUAUAGCCUUCCUAAUAGUGGCCCUCGGCUAGUUCCUCCUGAGUGGAGGCUAUAUAGCUUUACUAAUAGUGGCCCUUGGCUAGUUCCUCCUGAGUGGAGGCUAUAGAACUAGGCCUUUUCUAGACUAGAGAAAUUGACUCGUCUGUCUGCAUUGUUGGGAGAGUGUUGAGGCUUUCGGUGGAUUCACAGUAGAGAUGAACACUGCCAGAGCCACCACACACUACACCCGCUCCCACCUUCCCUAAAUUAUUGACACACUGAAUAAACACACUGACAUCUACUUGGAGCUCUUUGUCUGUUUGUUGACGGGGUAAAAGUCAGUUGAUCGUAUCUUACAUUCUCAGAGUGAAUUUUACAGAUGAAAAAUGUGAUAUCAGGUCCAUUGUUAUGUAUAUUUGUGGUCUGUGGAGUCGCCUGCACAUAUCAAAACAUUUUAGGAGUGGAGUCCUACAGGCUGCAGUGCAGUUAGACCCCAUUUAAACACAUUCCUGUUACCUGCCUUAGAUGCACGCUCCUGUUCAGUGUCAACAUAAGUCCCAGACCAUGUUGUACAGUCUACUGAUAUCAUAGAUUUGAGGGGCAGAGUAGCCAUUACUACUAAACAACCAUAGCAGGCAGAUAUCCGGAGUUAGUCAAAGGAAUAUAUUUGUCUUAGGAGAGGUGAACUCUGCACUGUCACUGGUGUGUGCGUUUCUUUCUGCUUGAAUCCCUCGGCUAAACCAUAAUCCUACCAGUUUGUUCUGAAAUUGCAUUAUUUUUUGCUUGUCCUCAACAUUACAUUGUCCCUCUUUUUGUUUGUCCUCCACCGCGCUGACCGUGGUGUCGCCUCUGGCCGGCAGGGAGCGCUGCUUCGCUGACAGCCUGGCCCCAGUAUAGAAAACAAAAAAAGUUUGUUGUGCGUUGUUUUACGCAGGCGCAAAGCAUGCUGUUUGUCCCGUUUCUCUGGUUGACUUACCUGUGAGGUGGAGCAGCUUCGGUUCUUCGUGAGAGGAUUAAAUAAUAUCGACCACGGGUUUGGGUAAGCGCGUCCCGGGAGACUAACCUCAUUCCUCGGUAUAUGAGACUAUAGGGACGCCCGCUGCGGAGCUGCUCGAGAUUUCUCCAGGAUUUCAGAAUCUGUGCAACAGCAGGUGCGCGAGCGAGGACAAACGGCGAGAGGAGACGAGGGGGGGGUGCGUGCUUCCGUGAGAUUCAGCGGCAGCCUGAAGCCUCCGUGCCUGCGGUGAGGGACUCUUCGCCCCGGGGUGGGGGCAGUGGGACAAACGCCACACACAUUGUUUCCGUGGAGUAAGCCUCCCCGUGGACACCGAACACGGUGCUCGCGCUGUGGGUAGAAUUAACAAUUGGAAAGAUGAUGGGCUUCCUACGCCGGACGUUCAUCCACCGCUCGCGCAGACGGUUUCAGACAGCAGAUGAGUGGGACGGGAAAGGAAGAGGGGGAACCGCGAACCCCGCGCUCCUCGCGCACCAGCAGCAGGUCGUCCACGCGCCCGCCGUGGUGACCGGGGGAGCGGCCGUGCACAUCCCAGCGGCUGGGACCGAGAAGGAUGCAAUCACCUGCCGCGUGCUGCUGCUGGAUGGGUCGGACCUUAACGUGGAUAUACCAAAAAGGUCAAAAGGCCAGGAGCUGUUUGACCAGAUCAGGUAUCAUCUGGACCUGGUGGAGGCUGACUACUUUGGACUGCAGUUCAUGGAUCCAGAACAAGUCUCACACUGGCUGGAUGUGUCCAAGCCCAUAAAGAAACAGAUCAGAGAUGGUCCUCCAUACAGACUGUUUUUCAGGGUGAAGUUCUACUCCUCAGAGCCCAAUAACCUACAUGAGGAGUUCACCAGGUACCUGUUUGUGCUGCAGCUUCGACAAGACAUUCUGUCCGGCAAGUUGAAGUGUCCAUAUGAUGUCUCAGUAGACCUGGGGGCCUACUGCUUACAGAGUGAGCUGGGGGACUGUGACCCUCUAGAGCAUUCUCCUGAGCUGGUGUCAGAGUUUCGCUUCACACCCAAACAGAGUGAGUCCAUGGAGGCAGACAUCUUUAACAAGUGGGUGGACCUAAGGGGUAAGGAUCCAUCCCAGGCAGAGACCAGCUUCCUCAACAAAUGUAAAUGGCUGGAGCUGUACGGAGUGGACAUGCACUUUGUCAAGGGAAGGGACGGAGCAGAGUACGCUCUGGGUCUGACUCCCACUGGCAUCCUGGUGUUUGAGGGCUCCACCAAGAUAGGCCUCUUCUUCUGGCCCAAGAUCACCCGCCUGGAUUUCAAAAAAAGUCGACUCAUCCUAGUGGUGACGGAGGACGAUGAUCAGGGGCGGGAGCAGGAGCACACCUUUGUGUUCCAGUUGGACAGUUCAAAGACGUGUAAACACUUGUGGAAAUGUGCCGUGGAGAGCCACGCCUUCUUCCGGCUGCGCCAGCCCACAGCUGGGAAGGCCUCCAGCAGUGACUUCACACGCCUUGGUUCACGUUUCAGGUUCAGUGGAAAAACUGAGUACCAGGCGACCCACGGGGGGAGGCUGAGGAGGGCCAGUACGUUUGAGAGGCGACCCAGCAAGAGAUACCCCUCUCGCACUCACUCACUGGGUGGCAAGGCCCUCUCUCCAGCCAAACCACCACAUAUCAGCGCCCACACCAGCCCCGAACCUAGUCUACACCCAUACCAGCGUAACAUCCCUAUAGCCCAUGAGCCUUGGCACCCAGCCCUCACACCCCCCAUCUACCUACAACACUCAGGACACACAUCCCCGCACAGUUUCCCUCGGCGUGGUCCUGUCCUGGGAGGGGAGCAGCAGUUCAGUGUUGAGGAGAACGAGACACCGUACUCUGGAAGUAUACACCAUCGCCACCGCAGACACACACACUACGACAACAGCCAGGAGACUGACUGUCACACACACAAGAACAAACACAGAGCCCCUCCCUGUCCUGUAGAUGAGUUGGAGGUCUGUCUGCUCAACCCCCUGGAGACAGACAGCAACACCUCUCCCUGGCCUUCACUACAUGUCAACAUGGACAACAAGGCAGAGGAGAAGCAGUUGUCUGAGAAGUCUCUCCAGCCCUCCUCUCCCUGCAGCCCUACAGACCAUCUCAAGUGUAACAUCUACAAAGCUCAGAUGGAGGCUGUCUAUAGAGAUGCUCCACUGAUGCCCAGAGGGAAGACCUGUAGUCAGGAGAUCAAUGACAGGUAUCAGAGCUCCUGUCAGGACUCUCAAGACUCUGCCACUUCCAGUCUGACCACAGAGAAAACCUCCCCCCGCCCCGACCACAACUCAACCACAGACAGACCCGCCAAGUCUAACCCUAACACCAACCGCAGGAAAAGACUGGUCAGACAGUUCAGCUUUAACCAUGAUGACGAGGAUAAUCUCCCAGAGGCCCUUGCAGCGAUCUCUUCCCGGAGCACUGGGAAGUGUGGAUCUAACAACUCACUGGACAACCAGACACAACCCUCCAUAUACCCUCAGGAAACAAACACACAGAUGGACAUGCCGAUACUGGAGCUGAGGAGCCCAUGCCGUGAGCAUUCUCACUCUCCCCACCUCUCCCCCUCCUUCUACCACACCUCCAUCCCUCCCCUGGUACCCUGCCUCUCCUCUCACACCAACAGUGAGGAGGAGAUGAGGUUGGGCAGAGAGAAGAUUCUCAGGGCUCUCCUGAUGACGGAGCUCUGAGUCCGUGACCCCUAUGACAUCAUGGAUGCCGCAUGGACCUGGUGUGAGACGACCCUCAGGAGUCCCACGUCCACUGGCUGCACUCAGCAGUCAGCAUUUACUGUACAUAAUGCAGUCAACCUUUCUAGAUUUGCAUACAAAAGACUUUGCUUAACUGUUAUUUUAAAAGGAACAUGUUUUAUGUCUACCCACACUACACACCCUGUAAUAACAUGCUCCCACACUACACACCCUGUAAUAACAUGCUCCCACACUACACACCCUGUAAUCACAUGCUCCCACACUACACAUCCUAUAAUCACAUGCUCCCACACCACACGCUGUAAAAACAUGCUCCCACACUACACACCCUGUAAUAACAUGCUCCCACACUACACACCCUGUAAUAACAUGCUCCCACACUACACACCCUGUAAUAACAUGCUCCCACACUACACAGCCUGUAAUAACAUGCUCCCACACUACACACCCUGUAAAAACAUGCUCCCACACUACACACCCUGUAAUAACAUGCUCCCACACCACACACUGUAAUAACAUGCUCCCACACUACACACCCUGUAAUAAUAUGCUCCCACACUACACACCCUGUAAUCACAUGCUCCCACACUACACAUCCUAUAAUCACAUGCUCCCACACCACACGCUGUAAUAACAUGCUCCCACACUACACACCUUGUAAUAACAUGCUCCCACACUACACCCCCUGUAAUAACAUGCUCCCACACUACACCCCCUGUAAUAACAUGCUCCCACACUACACACCCUGUAAUAACAUGCUCCCACACUACACACCCUGUAAUAACAUGCUCCCACACUACACACCCUGUAAUAACAUGCUCCCACACUACACACCCUGUAAUAACAUGUUCCCACACUACACACCCUGUAAUAACAUGCUCCCACACUACACAGCCUGUAAUAACAUGCUCCCACACUACACACCCUGUAAUAACAUGCUCCCACACUACACACCCUAUAAUCACAUGCUCCCACACUACACACCCUGUAAUAACAUGCUCCCACACCACACGCUGUAAUAACAUGCUCCCACACUACACGCCUUGUAAUAACAUGCUCCCACACUACACCCCCUGUAAUAAUAUGCUCCCACACUACACACCCUGUAAUAACAUGCUCCCACACUACACACCCUGUAAUAACAUGCUCCCACACUACACACCCUGUAAUAACAUGUUCCCACACUACACACCCUGUAAUAACAUGCUCCCACACUACACACCCUGUAAUAACAUGCUCCCACACUACACACCCUGUAAUAACAUGCUCCCACACUACACACCCUGUAAUAACAUGCUCCCACACUACACACCCUAUAAUCACAUGCUCCCACACCACACGCUGUAAUAACAUGCUCCCACACUACACGCCUUGUAAUAACAUGUUCCCAUACUACACACCCUGUAAUAACAUGCUCCCACACUACACACCCUGUAAUAACAUGCUCCCACACUACACACCCUAUAAUCACAUGCUCCCACACCACACGCUGUAAUAACAUGCUCCCACACUACACACCCUGUAAUAACAUGUUCCCAUACUACACACCCUGUAAUAACAUGCUCCCACACUACACACCCUGUAAUAACAUGCUCCCACACUACACACCCUGUAAUAACAUGCUCCCACACUACACACCCUUUAAUAACAUGCUCCCACACUACACACCCUGUAAUAACAUGUUCCCACACUACACACCCUGCAAUAACAUGCUCCCACACUACACGCCCUGUAAUAACAUGCUCCCACACUACACACCCUGUAAUAACAUGCUCCCACACCACACGCCUUGUAAUAACAUGCUCCCACACUACACACCCUGUAAUAACAUGCCCCCGAGAGAAUCACAUAUCCCUGCAGACAAGACAGACAGACAGGCAGACAGAGGGACAGGUGACGAUGAAAGAUGAAUGUUAAAGUAGUAAGGUUACUGCUGCUACACAAUCAAAGCCCUAACUGUUUAAAUGAUGACACAAACAAUUUGUCAUGACUUAUUGUAUUGUCAUGUUGAUUUGCUCUGAUGAAACUGCUACAUGCUGGUAACUGUUCCCAGGUGAAAAGUUGCAGUACCGGUCUUGUCCUGUAGAUGGAGACAGACCCAAACAGACUGCAGCUUGGAUCAGUUGUAGUUGCCCAUAUCCACUACCUGGAUCAGGCCUUUUUACAUCCUCCUUGUGGUCAAUCUUAGAACUAAUCUGAUCCUAGGCCUGUGGUUACAUGGCACUAACUGGUGAGUUUGGGUCAGAGCUCAGGUUACAGCUCUGCCAUGUUUCUGUGCAGUUCCUUAUUGCUGUUCUUGUCUGUGUUCUAUACCCCUGUGUUUAACCUUAAUAAAGACAACAUGUGAACAAACA